UGCGUGCUUCUUGACCCAGAACAAAUCUCAGUGACUCAUGUAGUGAAGCUGCCCACUUCCGACGAAUUGGCCGCAGGCGAUGAAAUCGAAGAGAAGCUGCACACUGAGAAAGAACGCCUCACGGCAUUACUGGAUGGCUAUCAGAAGCGGCAAGAUAAGGGCAUCCCCGCAGCAUGGAAAGAGGAGGUCGGGGGAAAACCAUUCGGGGUAGCUUGGGCGGAGCGACUCGGCCCAGAAUCUGGACCAGAGCAACUCAAGUGGCUCGAGCGUGCCAAGGUGGAAUCUGUCUCGGCCGUCAAGUAUUCGGAUAAGAACCUGCAAACGAGGACGGAGAUGAACGUGCAGAAGUGCCCCGAUGCGCAGAAAAAGACCAUGUUUCAUGGCACGACUGCGGCCAAGGUGCCGGAAAUCUUGGAGAAGGGGCUUCCCUUGGACUAUGACCGCUGGGGAGCUGGUGUUUAUCUCACCGAAGAGCUCGACUUGGCACGGAGCUUCCCGUGGCAGACUGGGUCGGAGGUCGAUGUGACUCUUCGGGUGGUGGCUUGUCUUGGAAACGCCUGGAAGGAUUGGGAGCGAAAAUUUGUUCCCUCGGACCAAGAAGGCGUCUGCGAGUGGUGGAUACCAGGUGAGGGCACAUUCGUCGUUGAUGAGUAUUCGAAGACAGAAAUUACCAGCAAAGAUGAGCCCGGCGCGAAUGAUUUACCCAUUAAGCUUAGCGCGAAAAAGGUCCCCUUUGGAAGAAGCGUGUACAAAUCAUUUUGCUUCUCUCUUCUUUCACGUCACUGGCAGGGAGAGUGCGUGCUUCUUGACCCAGAACAAAUCUCAGUGACUCAUGUAGUGAAGCUCUCCGCUUCCGACUUUGCUUCUCGAGAAGAUGCAGGAGGUGGCUUUCUCGAAUUGUCGAAGGAUACGCCCAGCUGCUCCUCGUCCAGGGAAAGCACGCAGUCGCUUUCAGACGCCCGAGGUAUCACAAUGUUCAGUGCCGGGCAGGAUGACAAGGCGAAAUCCCUCUUCGAAGAAAACGCCAGGGCCAAGGUGAUGAUGUGGAACAUGAGCGAGGAAGAGUCGAGAGCGGCUACGCGGAUUCAAGGAAGGGGCGACUUUGAUGUUGGAGCUGCAGCAGUCAGUGCUCCUCUGUUUGCGCCUGUAGUUUAA